CGAAGUCGUCCAAUCACAAAAAAAUCUGUAAGGGGAUUUUUGCUGUAUCUUGGCUCAGAUGGUGGUACUCAGCACCGGUUAGUUGGUCCAGAUGUCGGAGGACCAGCGGCACCAGCGGGCCGAUGCCUCCCGGCGGGGGGACAGCGGUCUGGAGGCGGGGGAGGGCGACACGGAGCCCAGCAUGCUGCUGCAGAAACUCAAGAGCAACAUCUCUAAGAGUGUUCAGACCAAAGUGGAUCAGAUCCUGCAAGACGUUCAGCGUUUCUCUGACAACGACAAGCUGUACCUGUACCUCCAGCUGCCCUCUGGACCCGGCUCCGGAGACAAGAGUGGUGGGGACACCAGCUCGUUCAACACAGCCGACCAGCUUCACACCUGUAACUGGAUCCGCAGUCACCUGGAGGAACAUUCAGACACCUGCCUGCCCAAACAGGACGUCUACGAGACAUACAAGAGAUACUGCGAGAACCUGCAGCAUCGUCCUCUGAGUGCCGCCAACUUUGGGAAGAUCAUCAGAGACAUUUUCCCCAACAUCAAGGCCCGACGGCUCGGCGGCAGAGGACAGUCCAAGUACUGUUACAGCGGCAUCAGGAGGAAGACGGUCCUCAACAUGCCUCUGCUGCCCAACCUGGACCUGAAGAAUGACCCGGCGGAGCUGACCGAGCUGGUCCAGACCUACAAACAGGAAGUUACAGAGGCGGCGUGCGAGCUGAUCUGUGAUUGGGCCCAGAAGAUCCUGAAGCGUUCGUUCGACACGGUGGUGGAGAUCGCUCGUUACCUGAUCCAGGAGCACAUCGUCAACCCUCGCUGCAGCCAGGCCGAGCUGGUCACCUCUGCAGCACUCGCAGGAGGCCCAGCCAAACCCCACAAGGUCAUCAAGAAAACCCCCGUCAUCUCUAAAGCUGAGGGCGACGGAGCCGCGGAUCAGAAGAAGGAACUCGGAGACUCGUCCUCCUCGUCUUCAUUGAAGCUGCCGUCUGGAGACAAAUCAGCAGCCACAGCCAAGCCCUCAACACUGGACGCUCCUCCUCCCUCUUCCUCCUCCUCCUCCUCCUCUCUGCGUCCUGCGGUGGAGGCCUUCAUGAAGCAGUUACCCAGAAUCCUCCCUCGGAGCUCCAUCCCUGAUAAGACCCAGCUCUCGGUCCGCUCCUCUCCACCCUCACUGGCGCCCAAAGAUGCCUCAGGUGUUGGGGGGGCGUCUGGACCUGGAGGUCCGGCUGCUGCCGCUGCAGCCAGCGGGGGUGGGGUGAAGGUCAUUGCCAUGGCGACGCUGCCCCAGCAGCAAGGUGGUCCUGUCCCACUGAUGAUUCUGCCUCAGGGCUGCCUGUCCUACGAGAGGGAGAAGGUCACCCAGCCUCCGCCACCGCCUCCCCCUCCUCCUCCGCCUCAGCAGCAGCACGCCCCAGCAGCCCCCACCUCGGUGGUCCAGAAGGCACGAGGUAAUGCCAGCAAGCGCCCCCUGGAGGCAACAUCGGGUGGUACAGCAGGAGUGUCCGGUGGCUCUGCUGCCAACGCUCCUCCGGUGAAACGGAAACGGGGACGACCAAGAAAACCUCGGCCGGAGGACGCCCUACCCGCUCCUCCUCCUGCCACUCUUCCUCCUCAGCCCCCGCCUCCUGCACCUCCUUCCCAUGCCCCUAUCAUCACGUCCCUGACUGGCGGCGUGAUCCAGAAAGCCUCUUCCUCUGCAUCCUCCUCCUCGCAACCAGUACUGGAGCUGGUGAUCCAGGACCAGCCCGGGCUGGUUCUGAGUCAGCUGCCGGGCGUGUCCGAGCACCGCGGGGUGGUGGUGCAGUGUCAGCCCGGUGGGGCAGCAGAGCCUGACCGCCACAGCCGGCCGCUGCUGCUGCUCCAGAGUCCAGGGAACCCCAGCUGGGAGCUGGCGGCGUCGGGACGGACCCCGAUGGUGGAGGUGAUCCAGAAAGCUCCGAGACCGAGCAAUAACAACAGCAGUGUCGCUCCUCCACCCGCAGCACACCUCAGUCCUCCUCUUCCCCUGCCCACGGUGCACGAGGAGCGGGGGGAGGUGGAGAUAACACUGACGCCGGUGGAGCCACAUGUGAACCCGCUGCUGCCUCCUUCUCUCUCCACCUCCUCUUCCCCUGCUUCUCCCACCUCCUCUCCCUCCAUCUCCUCCACCACAGUGGUAAGGAGUGAGGAGCAGAAGGGUGGAGAGAGCAGCAGCACCUCCUCAAAGACAGAGGGACAGUAGCUCUCAUCACUCUUCUUCCUCCUUUGUCUUUUUUAUCAGCCCUCAUUCAGCUUUUACCUCACCUUCAACACAGCCCCGCCCCCUUUCCUCUCCUUUUCCUUAUUGGUGGAAAUCCCAGGUUGGUAACAGCAGACAGCCAAUCGAGGAGGAUAAAUGAAGCCAAAACCGCAACACGCUGUUUUUCCACCUGCUCCCAUUGCACUUGUAAACAGACUGAACUGCAUGUCUGUCUGUCUCUGUCUGUCUCUGUCUAUGUCUCUGAAACCAGGACGACGACUCUUAGGUGGACGGAAUCACACCUUCCUCUUUUACCUGGCUUUCUUCCUUCCUUGACUACCUGUAUCGUCUCUCUCUAAACUUCUCAUUUUCUGUGCUGAGGUUUGUUCGUCUGCUGCAUCGCUUCGUUUCAGAUCAGUCGAUUUAUUAAAAAAAUAGACACAGAAGACAAGAUUGACAGAAAGGAAGGAGGAGGAGAUGAAAGAGGAAGAGGGGAAGGGGACAUGUAUUCAGUGUUGAGUCAGGCUCCAGGUGGAGUUCAGCCUGAAGCUGACAGAUACAGCAGGUACUACGGGUCAGAGCCUUGUAAAGGUUCUUUGUGCUAAAUGUUAAAAAAUGAGCUGUUUCCCAGAGCCGGGCCUCGAUUCACCUUCAGUUCAGCUUUAAAGUGAUGGAGGAAAGGAAAAGUCUCUUAACUGCUCAUUUCCUCUGCAGGUCUUGAAUAUUUGGGAUUUUAUGGCAAUACAAAUAUUUUUUCAGAGCUAGAAAUGUUCAGAAGUGUGAGGUUAGAGUUCAGUUACAAAGCAAAACGUGCAGCAGCUGAUGGAGGAAAAUGCCUGAGCGGGAAUCGAAGCUCCGCUCUGAUAUAAACAGCUUUGGUUAGUUGUGUUCUUAUCAGUGUUGGUUAAGUGGAUAUUUCUGAUAUUUCGGAUAGUGUGUGUGUGUGUGUGUGCGUGUGUGCGUGUGCGUGCGUGUGUGAAGGAGAGAAAGUUUCCAGGAUCUUAUCCAUCACCCAAACGUACUGAGUGAAUUCAGCCAUUUCAUCUGAAAUGAUUGAUUAUUUAUGAGAAGCACCUGCUGCGUGCACGCCAUGGCCACGCUCUGUCUCCUGUCGGUGAUCAGUGGGGCUGGGUGUUAUUACGCAGCGAUUAGUAAAAAGGAAAUACGUACUGAUUCUCAGGUGUGAGAGUCGACGGCUCCUCUGCUGUUUCUGCCUUUAGGGUUUUAUGGUUUCUGAUAGUGUUUAUUGACCAAACAAUAAAUAAAUAUAAAUAAAUAACUGGCAGAUUAAUUGAUGAUGAUGAUAAUGGUUAGUUGGUGCUGUUAGCGGUACUGACCUUUCACAGGUUGUAUGAACUGUGGGUGAUGGAGAGGAGAGUUAGAUGACGGACACCACUCUCACGUCCGUACAGUAAACACAAAGCUGCAGUGGGAGUGGAAGAAUAAGCGAAGGAGGUGUGACCUGAGGUGUGAGACCCAGCCCUAAUGAUCCCACAGACUCCACGCCGUCUUUUAUCCCGAGACGUUUGUGCUUAAUUUGCCACAAAACGUCCGUCACACAAACAAAAGCACAAAGUUACCUGCCACGUAAAACCUGUGAAAACAAACGCGGUGGAAAAAAAUGGCGUCUUAACGAGGAAUAUUCAAAUUAGCGGUUUUAGUCUGCGUGGUUAGCCUGCUUAGCUGUUGUUGUAUGUUGUACGUUGCCAUGCGCUCUUUGCACUAACUUCCUGAUCACUGUCUGGAUCAGCAAUGUGACAUCACCAUCCAGAGACGCUGGUUUGUCUAAUCCCCGUCCUGAUGCAGGCUGUGGACCAGCAGCAGGUCCUGAAGCUGACUGAACAAAGCUCCAAACACCAGCUGCUGGUUCCUUAUUCUGGAGAAAGCUGUCAGUGGAGUUGGAAAGGAAACGGUCCCUGUGACAGAAACAUAAAAUGAAACCUUUCUUUCUUCAGAAAGCUAAAGAAGCUGUGUUUAGUUUUCAGUGCCUUUUAAAGCCACAGUUCAGCCGUGCUCCUUCAGGACACUGUGCUAAUAUGCUGAUAAUUAUUCAGAUAAAUUCAUUUAAAAUGUAAAAUUAAAAAAAUCAUGUGAUUCUCACAGUGGACAAGUUGGUGUUUGACAUCUUUGGUCUUUUUGUUUCAGAGUGAACUAAAGUCGACUGAUGGUUUUACACCAUGAAUUUCAGAAACAGGACGAGUUUCACUUUCCACCAUCCUGCAUCAACCAGAGAAAACUGUUUUUAUCAUGUUCGGAAAAGCACGCGUGUUUAUCAGAUCACAUGACUUCAGUCCUCCUCCUCUUCCUCCUCUGGAGGAGUUUGGUAAUGUCACAUUGCUGGUGUUUGUUCUUCGCCUCUGCCAAACGGCCUCUCGCUCAGUGCGAGGGCCUCUUCUUCGUCGUUGGUGCUACGAACCGCAGGGCUCGGCGUCGCCGCCGGUCCUCGCCGUUCUCCAUCCUGUAAUCACAGAUUUGUAGAACAGAAUCCCGAACAUUUCUGUGGAUGCUCACGUGCCGAGGUGUGAGAAUAGAGCUGCGUGUGUUUGCUCAGAGCGUCCGUGUUUCCCUCCGUCCUGUGACAGCGAGAGCUUCGGGUCAGGGGCUGACCCGACGCUGAAAAGUCUGGACUGGUGGCGGGAAAGUGAUUUUCAGCACUCGUUCUUUGCCAUGAAGUGAGCGUAGCCGAGCUUACACACUGGCUGCUGCAGCACUGCCAGGAAUCUGUCAUUAAAAGGAGCACUGACGAUGUUAAUGUGAUUCUUUGUGUCACUGAAGUGACAGCAAAGGUGUUUCUACCUGAUGGAACACGAGUUUCCCUCUAACGACCGAGCCUCGGCCCCUUUCAGCCCACAACGAAAACUAAUGAGAAGUUGCACUGUUAAACGUUAAAACGAGAGGAAGUCUUUGUAUGUUGUGAAUCUGUUGUUGUAUGCAUCGAGAAGAUACGUCGAGUAUUUCUGAGCGAUAUAACGCUCUGCUUUACGCCUGCACUCAGCCAGACACCGACCGGAGUGUCGGCUUCAUGUUUAACUGAUUCUGCUUUUCUAAACUGUUCAGUAAAGAGUUUCACAGUUUGGAGAAGGAUUGUUACGUUAAAGCUGCAGAGACGGAACAGCAGAGGUUUAAAGCAACAUCUCACUGGAUGGCCGAUGUUUGAGUGACAUAAAGGCAAACAGAGCUGUGGACCCCAGUCACAUGACCUGGACUUUAGUCAGACUCGAGUCAUGGAUCUGGAGACGAUGAUGUCCUCCUCAAACCCAGAGUCUGAGGCGUGCAGACAUUCAGCUCUUUGUUUACUUUGACUCAGUCCAGCAGCAGUUUAUCACUGUCCAACAUGUCCAACGUGUCCAACUGUCAGACUGACUCGGUUUGGUCGCACUGCUCACUGAAGAACCAGCGUGUUCACCCAGAAAUCAGAGCAGAUGAAUCCAGUGAAGUGUUGCUUUCAGCUUGUUGUUGGUUCAGAGAGAAACCAGCUGUGUUCCCACCGCAGGACCUACUGGGCUGAACUGGGCAAACUGGAAAUAUGAAAUGCAAUAGAGUUUGCUUCUGAAUUUGUGUGAACAUUUGGUAGAAGCCUGGAAGAUUGACACCCCCCCGUCGUCCUGGGCUGACUGGACGUUCAGGAUCUCGUGUCAGUUCGUGGCAGUUCAGAGAAACGGUUCAGAGGAAGUCGGUGAAGUUCAGUUUGGCUCAGUUUGGUCCUGCUUUGGGAGCCGGGGUUUGAAGGUGGUCGUUGGAAUCGUUUACUGUGGAGCUCUGUUGCUAAAAAAAACAAACAGAACAAUACAAAACCAGAAACGGGUCAGAUAAUCAAAGAUAAAAGCAUCGGGAUCCGGGUAGCAGCGUGUGGACCGCGAAGGAUCGAACUCGACAGCACAGCGUGCUCUGUCACCUCCUGGACUGGAUCGCUUUGAUGCUUCAUUUCCAACUUCAGAUUUUAUUCCAAUUUCAUGAAAAUCAGAUUUUACAAAUGUUCCAACUUUAACAUGAUUAACUGACGUUGAAAUGAUGCACGGAGCAGGAUUCAGUGUUCACUCACAGUCAGUUCAACCGGCUCAGAACGACACUCGUCUGAAUCUGACGUCUCGUCUCCUGGCGGCCGGUAAAGUGACCCCUCAGUCACAUGAGCCGUCAACAGUCCAGUUAAUCAGGUUGUGCUUUCAGACCAGUUCACAGCUUUCAUUCAAUCGACUGUAACGACUCUCACGUGACCAGUCAUGUGACCCGAGUGACCUUGUGGUGACCUCAGUCAGUGAGAAGUAAAAGUAGAAACCAUUUUCAUUUCUUUACUCGCUGAUGAAUCUGACGAGUGGGCGAGACGACGAGACGUUUGUGCGACCGAGCUGAUCCUGGUCAAACGCUGCAGUUAACGUGGUGGUGGUGAACUCCCAGUCUAAACAGGAAGUGGUUCUGUUUGCCUGUCAGAGACCCGCUCAGAGCUCGAGCUGAGCCUGAAAGUUCCUUUGGAACUCGGGAUGGUGUCGUCCACAGCAGCCUGGAGGCUCUGGUUCUGGUUCUGGUCCGGUUUUAUGUCCGUGGUCUCAGCAGAGAAGCUGAGCGGGAUUCUGACGUCAAACAGUCACACUGAAAGCUUCACGCUGCGAUUUUCUGUUCACUCUGUGCAAAUCAGAGAAUUUCUAUCAGCUUGUUUUGCCAUCAGUGUUUUUACUAAAUCCAGUAAGUUUCUCUUACUGUUCAUUCAAAUUUUUUAUUGCUCUUUAGUUCCUGUUGUUGUUGUUGUUUGUUGUACAGCUCGUUGAUGUGCAGAUUUUAUUCUUCUUCUUACUGUUGCUAUGAAGAUCUUUAAAAAGAGUCUUUGCUUUGUGGAAGACGUCGGCUUCCUGCAUGGUUUUCCUGUGACCUCUGUCUGUUUUUGUGUAUUAACUUUAAAAGUGUGAGUUUUUCUUUCCUUGUAACCUGCUGUUUGUUUUUGUUUUUGUUUUUUGUUUUUUGCACUAAAAUGAAUUACUGAGGAUGGGAAGUCGACAUCGGUCCAACCGUGAAAAAGAAAAAGAACCUUCCCUCCUUUGCCCUUUGGUUCGGACGCCACGAUAAUCAGUGAAACGCACCUUUACUUUACCUGCGUGGCUUUUUGUUCCUGCUCCUCUUUGUCUUAUUUGGAGCCUUUUUGUUUGUUUGUGUGUUUCUGCUGUUUGUUGUGAAGAGAAACAGAAAAGUGACAGAGGACCGCCUCAGAACUUUAAUGUGAAUCUAUUUUCCUACAGACUGACUGGAAUAAAGGAUGUGACGUUCACUGACA